AUGCUAGGCAUGGGAGACUUCUAUUACAAGCUGGGUGUCCAGAUUAUCGACGUGUGCCUGGCCCUAAAGCACCGGAAUGGAGGUCUGAUAACUCUGGAGGAACUACAUCAACAGGUGUUAAAAGGAAGGGGCAAAUUCGCCCAGGAUGUCAGCCAAGACAACCUGAUAAGGGCCAUGAAGAAACUAAAGGCACUUGGCACUGGCCUCGGCAACAUCCCUGUGGGCAACACUUACCUCAGUCAGUCUGUUCCAGCUGAGCUCAAUAUGGAUCACAUUGUGGUGCUGCAGCUGGAAGAGAAAAAUGGCUACGUGAUUGUCAGUGAUAUCAAAGCCAGUCUUAAAUGGGAGAUGGAGCAAGCGCAGCAAGGGCUGGAACACCUGCUGAAGGGAGGGCUGGCUUGGCUGGACCUGCAGGCCCCAGGGGAGACCCACUACUGGCUGCCAGCUCUCUUCGCUGACCUCUACUCCCAAGAGCUUAUAGCUGAGGAGGCCAGAGAAGCCGUCCCCUGA